AUGAUAUUUAUAUAAAUGCUGAUAAUCUACUCAAGAAUUUAUGUUUCUUUUUUUUGCACAUUUUCAUUAGGUGUUAAUAUCCUCAGAGACUAUCAACAAGCUAUCAAAAUGAAACUUCUAUCGAUUUUUAUUUUGAUUGCUGUUUUAUUUGAGAAUAAAUUAGAAGCAUUUGAAUCAACGAACUUACUGGGAAAUGAUAAAGGAUUAAAUGAAAAAUUGAUUAAGCUAAUUGAGAAAUUUAAAGAUUAUUUGAGAAAAGGAAAUGAGUCUUUUGGACUUCCUGUGAUGGAUCCUUUCACAAUCAAACAUCAAGAAUUGCCAAUGAAAUCAGAACUAUUUAGUGGUGAGGUAAAAAUUAACAAUUUACAACUAUUGGGAUUGUCAAAUUAUAAUGUUGUGAAAGCAGAUUUGAAAAUAGUUGGCCUCAAACUCAUGUUGGCACUUCACUGGCCAGGAUUAAAUUUAAUUAUCAAUAAUUAUGAAAUAGAUGGUGUAGCACUUAAAUUUAUUGAUGUUUAUGGAAAAGGAUCUUUGAAAAUGAACCUAAAUAGUUUGAAUUUUACUACGACUGUCAGCGUUAGUACAAAUAAAUCAAAUAAAACUUUAUUUAUUAAAGAAAUGAACAGUGAAGUUUCUUUGGAAGACUUUCAGUUCUUAAUUGAUGGACUUUUCAAUGAUAAGGAUCUGUCUGAUAUGACCAAUGCUAUUGUUUCUGAUUUAGUACCAUCAAUAAUUAAAACUUAUCAGAAAAAAUUGACUAGCACAAUAAAUAAUUUGGUCAUAACUAGAGCCAAUGAAAUAUUGCGUACGAUGACACUGAAAGAUAUUUUGGGUCUCAUAAACUCUUCACAUCAAAAUCAAAAUUUUCUCCUAUAAUUGAAAUUAAAAAAUUUCUAUAAAUUCCCGAGUACAUUGGGAAAAAAAAUUGUUUUAUAAUCCGUUCUUUUAUUAUUAUUAUUAUUAAAUAAAUAUUUAUUUGAAACAAAUAAUUUUUAUUUAAAUCAAAUAAAGUGUAAAUUUAAAAUAAUAAUUACUAUAUUUGAUACAAAUAAAUAUUUAUUUAUAAAUAAUUUCUCUAGAUAUAUGUAACUAUUAUGAAAAAUUUAAUUUUGAAAUAAAUAGCAAAAAAAAUUUAAGUAUAAUUAUAAAAAAUAAAUUAUUGAUAUGA